AUGUGGAGUAGUGCAGCAGGGGAAUGGGCAACAGGGAGUAGUGCAGCAGGGGAAUGGGCAACAGGGAGUAGUGCAGCAGGGGAAUGGGCAACAAGGAGUAGUGCAGCAGGGGAAUGGGCAACAGGGAGUAGUGCAGCAGGGGAAUGGGCAACAGGGAGUAGUGCAGCAGGGGAAUGGGCAACAGGGAGUAGUGCAGUAGGGGAAUGGGCAACAGGGAGUAGUGCAGCAGGGGAAUGGGCAACAGGGAGUAGUGCAGCAGGGGAAUGGGCAACAGGGAGUAGUGCAGCAGGGGAAUGGGCAGCAGGGAGUAGUGCAGCAUGGGAAUGGGCAGCAGGGGAAUGGGAAGCAGGGGGACAUAUGGGAGGGCGCAGGGGGGAGAGCAGCAGCGCCGGGGGAGAGGCACAGGCGUGGUGUGAGCUGUGGAGGGGACUGGGGGGGGGAGAGAGGCUAUUGCAAAGGGAGACGGGCAAAGAGGUGCGAAUAGAGGGGACUGGUGCUGCUGGUGGUGCUUCUGCUGGUGGUGGUGGUGGUCAGCCAGUGUCUCUGCAGGUGCCCAUAGUGGCUCUGACAGCAGACGUGGAUCGCGGAGUGGUGCAGAGGUGUGCAGAGGGGGGGUUUGACGGUGUGCUGCAGAAGCCAGCGGAUGCCCACCUGCUCGCCGCCCACCUCUCCCGAAUGCACUUCCACCGCUCUCUCAGACGCUAG